UUACAGAACAUAGUGUACGGUAUUUAAUAAAAAAAACAGGUUUAUGCGUUUUACACUAAAUGCACUACUCUCAAAUAUAUUAAGUGUAUAAUCUAUGUGCACUACUAUUAUGCGUAGACAUCUCUUAAUUUACCAAUUUACCAAACCUUCAAAUAUUCCAAUAAAAAAGCAUCUUUAGUCUGAUGAAAUAUUAACUGUAUUGUAUGUGCUCAUAAAUUAUAAUCAUUUCAACAGAGAUGAAUAGAAAAAGGAAUGUGGCUUUUUCCAAGCCGGAAGACCCUGAUUUUCUUAAAAGGUUAAAAAAACAAGUAGGCUAUGAUGAUCGCAAUCAUAAAUUUGAUGAACUCGAAAAUUCAGAAAAAGAUUUUGUAAGCGACGAAGAUGACGAACAACCGCAGGUAGUUGUUAUAAAGAAAGGCGAUCUUACUGCAGAACAAGCUGAAGAAGAGAAAAAAAAGAAAGAGAAGCUUGAAUUAGAAACAAAAGCAGAUUUAAAUCAGCGAAUAAUCUUUAAAUCUAAGACUAUUACCGCAAAGAAAGAUUUAAAGAAAAGUAAUAAAAGCGCAAGUAGUUUACCAAAAAGUCAUAAUUUACUGUCAUUUAAUCACAAUGAUGAUGAUAAUGAUGAAUGAAAUCCAUAAUGUAGCCAUUAUCAAUUGAUAAUGAAUUAUAUUACUGCGAAGGCUAAUGAGUAUGGAAAUAUACCUUAUUUGAUUGAGUGUGAACUUCAUUAAAAUUACUUAAUCAUGUUAAAAACCUACAUCUACAUCAUGA